GCCCCCUGUCAAACCGCUCGUUCUCAUCACUGAUCAUGUGCUUCGCUCUCUCUGGCUGUCUCUGGCUCUGCAGCAGGAAGUUCGUCUUGUUUUCUCCCCUCCUGCUUUUCUCCUCUCCGUCUUCCUGAUAGCCACAUUCCCAGCCUGUGUUUUCUCCGCGGCUCUCACCUCACCCGUGCAGGGCGUGAGAGCCGAGAGGCUGGAUCUGUGAGAGCCAGAGACCGGCGGCGAACACCGGCAGAAUCCCACCCCCCCCCUCACCACCACCAUCACACUCCCUACGCUUCACUCCGCUCCGGUCCCUUCUGCUCCACGGCCCGCGAGAGCAGGUCAUGGAGGCCCCGGUGGAGGAGAAGGAGUCGUCGCCGAUGGAUAAGUCUCUGCCUCUGCCCACUCUGAGCCCGGCCGUGCCUCCAUACGUUACUCUGGGCCUGACGGUGGUCUACACCGUCUUCUACUCCCUCCUCUUCAUCUUCAUCUACGUCCAGCUCUGGCUGGUCCUGCGUUACCGACACAAGCGCUUCAGCUACCAGACCGUGUUCCUGUUCCUGUGCCUGCUGUGGUCGGCCCUGCGCACCGUGCUCUUCUCCUUCUACUUCAAGAACUUUGUCACAGCCAACACUCUGGGGCCCUUUCCCUUCUGGCUGCUCUACUGCUUUCCCGUCUGCCUGCAGUUCUUCACACUCAGUCUCAUGAACCUUUACUUUGCACAGGUUGUUUUCAAGGCAAAGUCCAAAUAUGCGCCAGAGCUUUUAAGAUACAGGCUGCCGCUGUAUCUGCUCUUCCUGUUCAUCAGCCUGGUGUUUUUAGUCGUAAAUUUAGUGUGCGCCCUGCUGGUGAGGAUGUCCUCCGCUGAAACCCACACCAUUGUGCUGGUUAGGGUCGCAAUCAACGACACACUUUUUGUCCUGUGUGCCGUCUCGCUCUCCCUGUGUCUUUAUAAGAUCGCCAAGAUGUCACUGGCCAACAUUUACCUGGAGUCCAAGGGGACGUCAGUGUGCCAGGUGACAGUUAUCGGAGCCACCGUCAUCUUCCUGUACUCAUCCAGGGCCUGCUACAACCUGGUCGUCCUGGGACUCUCGAACAAGAGUAUCAACUCCUUUGACUACGACUGGUACAACGUUUCAGACCAGGCAGAUUUACAGUCGACUCUAGGCGACGCUGGCUACAUCGUCUUUGGAGUGAUCUUGUUUGUAUGGGAGCUGCUGCCCACUUCUCUCGUAGUUUUCUUCUUCAGAGUUCGGCAGCCUAACCUAGACAGGAGCGGCACUGGGCUUCCUGGCCAUGUCUUCUCCUCUAGGGCUUAUUUUUUUGACAACCCACGUCGUUAUGACAGCGAUGACGAUCUAGCGUGGAGCGUCAUGCCUCAGAACAUCCAGGCCAGUCUUGCUGCUGAUAGUUUCGAGUGGGGGAGCCAAACCAGCGGCAUCAACGCCUACAUCGGAGGGGACGACAGUUUCCACCUCCCUCCUCCUCCAGAGGAACUCAGCCAUUACUGACCAGAGCUCACCCAGUGACUCCUUUUUUUUUUUUGUUUGUUUUUUAAAUCUGUAUAUUUUUGCACAGUCUCUCUUACUGACCGAGGCACAUGGGGUUGAAAUUCGCCCUCAACUUCAUAUAUUCAGUUUUCUAUUUUGUCUAGAGAAGAAGAACUAACUUUUCUCUUUGCCAUUUUAUGAAGGUCCACUGAUGGGACAUUAAUUUUUGCACACUCCUUGUACAAAGAAUGACCUAAUUUUGACUGCUCUUAAACAUUUUUCAUUGUAGAGUUUAUAUUGAAUACUGCUUAAUAUAUUUCCUGACCUUUGUAAUAUGUACUGUAUUACUAUUUUAUGUCUAUGAACAUGUUCUUUUUCAUACAGAUUGUUUAUAUAGAGGAGAUAUUCAUUUAAUUCAUAUUAAAAAUGUUUAAAUGCUGUAAGAAAAUGCACUUUUAUUUUUAAUA